UGGGGGCGGGGCGCUGCGGGGGCGCGGGAGCGAGACUGAGCCCGGAGGCCGCAGGUUUUGGCGGAGUGACAUCCUCUCCCUCACCCCCUUACAGAGGAUGGCUGAGGACGCCCACCUCGUGGAACAGGACUCCAGGGCAGGGAGCGAGGAGGACGAGGUGGUGCUGACUCCUGCAGAGCUCAUCGGUCAGCUGGAGCAGGCCUGGCUGAACGAAAAAUUUUCCCCUGAACUCCUGGAGAGCAAAUCUGAAAUCGUAGAAUGUGUCAUGGAGCAGCUGGAUCACAUGGAAGCGAAUCUCCGACGAGCCAAGAAGGGAGACUUGAAGGUCAGCAUUCACCACAUGGAGAUAGAGAGGAUUCGCUAUGUCCUCAGCAGUUACUUGAGGAGCCGGCUGAUGAAGAUAGAGAAGUUUUUCCCUCAUGUUCUUGAGAAGGAGAAGACUCGGUCAGAGGGAGAUCCUUCCAGCCUCUCUCCAGAAGAGUUUGCCUUUGCCAAAGAGUACAUGGCCAACACCGAGACGUAUCUGAAAACUGUGGCCUUGAAGCACAUGCCGCCUAACCUGCAGAAGGUGGAUCUCCUAAGAUCAGUUCCCAAACCCGAUUUGGACUCAUAUGUGUUCCUGAGGGUGAAGGAGCGGCAGGAGAACAUUCUAGUGGAGCCUGAGACAGAUGAACAGAGUGAGUAUGUAAUCGACCUGGAGGAGGGCUCGCAGCACCUGAUCCGAUAUAAAACCAUCGCGCCUCUGGUGGCCUCUGGAGCCGUCCAGCUGAUUUAAAGCCCAAAGGAACGAGGCCGAGCAGGCGCAGAAGGGUGGACGCUGUUCACGGGGACGUUUCGGGGAACCGGUCAUCGCCAAGGACGAUUGGGGAAGAGCCUGGGCAGGAAUCAUGAACUUCCUUCUCCAGCUGGCUCCCGUGUACCAAGACCCUCCCUUUUACUUCAAGGAGAGCCUCAGCUCAGUUUAACUUACAUAGUCAAGCCUAGUUAGGUGACUUUAAUGACUAGUCUCCAGAAUCAGAAGGAAUUGUCCCAACUUAUGACAAGGGCAUUAAGUUGUUGUUUUCGGUGUGAAAACGUUAACAGAUUUUCCCCCCCACCUGCCUGUGCCGAAACCCGAGGGGUGAAACAAUCUUUCCUGAUUGGGGGAGCUGGUGCUGUAGCUUAAAUGUUCGGUCAGGCUUCAGGUUCAGAUUAAAUGUUCAGUGUUGUCCAAAGUCA